CGCUAAACGUGCUGUCGACCCGAUCCCCGUCCACCCACCACCCAUUUCUGCCAGCCCGACGGAGUUGGCCACUGUGCUUUUGUUGCUAUUUUCGUUCUCGCAUCCCUCCAUCAACCCUCCUGCGGCUCAACCGCACUUGCCUUGGAAUAAAUAGCUUCGUUACGGCAUGGCAAUUGAAUAGAAUCAAUUCCUUUCGCUGCCUACGACACUCCCGUGGCACCAUGCUGGAGCAGGUCUCUCACAAUGCCUGGGCUCACCCACGGCCUCGCUAUUUUGAUAUCGGCACGGGCUUUGAACACUAUAUGAGCAUCAUCCCAGCGCUCAUAUUCGUCUUGUCAACUCCUAUACACCUGUCACCCGCGUCCGAGAUCAGAGUACUGGACCGCAAGUGCGCUCAUAUCUAUCUCCAGAUUAUACUUCUUACCGCCCUGGCAAGCACCGAAAUUCAGGUUGCUCUGAUAUGGGUGCAGAAGACAACUUAUGGCUCGGCAACAACUAUUGCCGAAGGAGCUCUUCUCGCUCUUGUUUCUGGCUGUGCUGCUUUCAUUGUUGACUCAGGCCGAACACGCCCACCUCUGCCAAGGCCCUUUAUCGGCAAAUUCUAUUAUUUAGCUUCGAUGCUAGAUCUGUUAAGAGCCCCGUUUCUGCAUCGGCGUUCUGCCGUCAUUGCGCAGUGGACGCUGGUCUGCUCCGUACUCAAGUUUGGCGUUGCGCUCCUUGAGCAAGGACCGGAAAAGUCGACAUCAGACCUCAACGAUAACGCCUCUUAUUUAUCGCCCUUGAUUUUGUUUUACAAGAGAUCUCUGAUUCAGUCGUUCAGUGGCAUCUGCCGACUGGGUUUUAAAGAUCGUAUAUCUAUAGAAGACCUUCCAGAUAUGGACCCCGAGACUGAAUCAAGCGCGCUCUAUUCAAGAUUUCAGCACGAGUGGCGAAAAGUGUACAAAAAGACCGAAUAUAGUCUGGUUGAGACAGUUGCGAGUGCCAUCCAAUGGGAUAUUAUCAGCUGCUUAACCCCAAGGCUGCUUGCUGCCGCGCUUUCCCUAGCCCGCCCCUUGAUGUUUCAUCGCAUAUUAUAUAUUGCUGGUCAGCCGGAUCAGUCGCUCAAGUCUCUCAUGCCUACAUUAGCGGCCACCAUUGUGGUUUUUAUUAGCCAUGGAUUUGCUCGUUCAUAUUGCCAAUCUUUAGGUAUUAGGAAUGCAUCGUUGUAUCGAAGCUGCUUAAAUACGGCCAUUUACGACAAGAUGUUGCGUCUACAGGAUACUGUCUUACAGCGUUUGGGCCCAUUAAAUGUGCUUACCGCAGACAUAGAGGCAGUUGAGAAUGCAGUAAUGCUAUUUAACGACUUAUGGUGUGCUGCUUUGACGACCUUUUUGGGUACAUGGCUUUUGCUGCAGCAACUCCAGAACCUAUUUUUCAUGGUUUUUAUCCCAGUAUCAUGUUAUUCGCUCAUAGCUUAUAUUCUUUUGCUUUAUAUCGCGCCAGCCGAACAAGCAAGCAGCCAAGGUGUCAAAGGUCGAGUUUCCAACACUCUUUCGCUUCUCCAUCACUGGACUACAAUCAAGAUAGGCGGCAUGGCACCUGUUUUUGAAAACUUGAUAAAAUCGAAGAUGAGCAAAGAGCUGAAAGGAUCCAUUAGCUUGCGACGAAAACUUGCCGUGUUCUACGCCCUUGUGAGAGUUAUAGAACCCUUAUCGUGUACUAUGACUGUUGGCAUGGCAUUAUUUUAUGCAAAAGGCGACUCAUCACUUACCACAGCCGACAUAUUCACCAUUAUUUCACUAGUCGCCAUUUUAAACAAGCCCAUUAUUUGUACGAUAAAUGGCUUCGGGCGACUAGAAUCGUCACUGGAAAGCUUCCAGAGAAUCCAGAACUUCUUAAUCCAGUCAGAACUUUACGAUGGCCGCCAAGUUGAGUCAUAUCGAAAAUUUGGCAUCAAAAUGCAGCAUGUCGUUGCUGGAGGUGUACCAGCCGGCCGAAAAAUGGUCCCCAAUCUGAGGGCUACUUUCGGAAACCGUCUCACAACUAUGAUUGUCGGCGCAGUGGGCUCUGGUAAAACUACUUUGAUUAAGAUUUUGGCCGGCGAAACUCCUAUGGCCUUUGGCAACAUCACUCUCAAUUCGGGCUCCAUCGCAUAUUGCAGCCAAGAUCCAUGGUUGAGAAAUAUCAGUAUCAGAGAAAAUAUCAUUGGAGAUGCACCUUUAGACUUGUCAUGGUAUUAUGAGGUUCUCAGAAUAUGCCACUUGGAAGCAGAUAUUGCUAGAAUGCGAGAAGGUGAUAGUGCAUUAGCUGGAACACAUGGCCGCCACCUUAAACUUUGCUUAAGGCAACGCAUUGCUCUCGCUAGAGCCAUCUAUUCUCGAAGCACCAUCUACUUACUAGACGAUGUCUUCAACAGUCUAGAUAGAGCUACAGCAUACACAGUUUUCCAGAACCUGUUUGGCGCACGCGGAUAUUUGAAGAGCAAUGGAAAGACCGUCCUCAUGACUACAAAUAUUGUUGAACAUCUUCCAGCCGCUCAUGUUGUGCUACAGUUGGAUGAUGCUGGCAAUCUUUGCUCUAUUGAAGAUGCCGACAAAUUGGUAGAGCGAGGAUUUCUACGGUGGGAAGCCGAACUAGCAGAGCCGGGUACUACGGUACCAACACCAACGGCAGGAACAGUCAAGACGCCAAGUAAUGCGCCAGCAGCGAAAGAAAGGUUGCGCUCCAAGGACGCCAUGGUCUCUAAAUUUUACACCACAGCGAUUGGCAAACGAAAAUGGAACUUGUUCCUGGGUCUUCUCGUUGUGGGCAGCCUCUGCGAUAAACUCCCACACAUUCUUGUAAAGGUCAACGCCAUUACAAACGUCACAGAAAUACCUCACCUGGCUAUACUUUGGAUAUCAGUAUUGACGCCAUCGAUUAUUUGGCUUAUAGCCUUCAAGCUCUGGUAUAAGCACUGGACACUCAGUGUGGUGGAAGAACUGCAUAAUCGAUUGCUACACAAGAUUCUGAGAUUUCCUAUUGCAUUUGUUUCGUCCAUCGACGCCCGAUAUUUCAUCAAGUGCUUUUUCGAAGAUAUCAGCGUGCUAAAUGACGAACUUCCUGGUGUGAUCAGUGCCACUUCUAUGGCUUUCUUUGCCUUGAUUUUCGACAUCUGCUUAUUUAGCAGCUCAUCCAUCUUUGCCCCAGUGGCUAUAGGUAUCCCGGCCUAUUGUGCAGUUUCAAUCGUGAGAGAUUUCUAUCUCAAAGUCGGACAGCAAAUCCAGUGCCUAGAGCUCGAAGCGAGAGCUCCAUUUGCAUCACUCGUCAUCGAAACCAUCCAUGGGAUACAACACAUUCGCACAUACAAAUGGGAAGCAAAGUACAAAACUCAAAGCAAAGAACUCCUCGGCAGAUCGCAAAAGCUAGUCUACAACGUACAUCGCCUCAAGCAGUUUCUGUAUCUUGCAACCGAUUUUGUCGCUACUGCAGUGGCGGUUGCCGCCAUUGUCGCUGGUAUGUAUGGCACACCGCUGGCGUCUGAACUAGCCGCCAGCCUAGGCAUGGCCACAAUCUUCACAUUCGGAGAUGAUGCUGCAGUGUAUAUCGACGGCCUGCUCAAGUUAUCAUCUGCUUCAAGCUCCGUGUCUCGACUCCAAUUUAUCUGCGAUUCUACACCCACCGAGGUUGAAACCGAAAUGCCGCUCGAUGAUACGAGUCAGUUUUCACAAUGGCCACAGGAGGGUGACAUUGAGUUUAGAGAUGUUUCGACCGGUUAUAAAUUAUCCAAUGAGAUUUCAAUAAGCGCACUUCACAACAUAAAUAUACAUAUACGACCUGGACUAAAGGUUGGACUGUCAGGAUUGACAGGAUGUGGAAAAACAUCGGUUCUGUUAACACUACUGCGCUUCUUGGACUAUACCGGCAGCAUCACGAUUGACGGCAUGGAACUCAGCAGCAUCCCGUGCGAGCUUCUUCGGACUCGAAUAACGACAAUUCCGCGGGAUAUUCUAGAACUACCUGGAAGUCUUCGCUUCAACUUGGAUCCACUAGCAGACGAUAAUCCCGAGACGGGCGUAUCUGAUGAGCUCAUGAUCCGCACCUUGACCGAGGUUGGGCUAUGGGAGACGUUUGUACGACAAAAGCAAAGCCUGGACAGUAUCGUUGCUGAAAUGGCCUUGACGCGAGGGCAGAAGCAGCUACUAAGCCUGGCGCGCGCCAUUGUUCACCAUCGACAUACCCAGUCAAAGAUUGUGUUGGUGGACGAACUGGUUCCGUAUUUGGACCUCGCGACUGAGCUCCAAAUGCAGGAGCUCAUGUGUAGUGUGUUUAGCACUAGUACCAUGCUGUUUGUAUCACAGAAAGAAGAGAUCAUGUCUCGUAUGGAUGUUAUAGCCGAGAUGUCGCAAGGCAGAAUGCGUAUCGUUGUGGAUCAACGACAGCAAACGACUACGGGAUAGGGCGUUAAACAUUGAGUGGAAGAUGGAGUGCUACGGUACGGAUAGUUCUAUUUCGUAACUUUAUUCAUGAUGAAUGAUUACAAUGUGUCUAAGUAUUUAUCUGCAUACAAAUGGUAUUCAGAUCCAGUGUCGCUUUUGGAGUAUAUGCCGGAGGUAUGUGCUGCAACGUAAGCAAGCGGCACCAGAUGUAGAAGCAGGAAGCUAGAUUUGCGCCGAAUAAUACUACCAGAGGCUAAAAGAACAUAUGCGAGCUGACUAAAUACCCAUAAAUACCAUGUCAAGGACUUCCCCAUCCAUACUCACUUUGAAUAUAGCCGACCCCAAAUACCAGUCACCUCUCUGCUCCCAAGGUUGCAUCUGAUAUCGCCAAUACUUCCUUUUUGCAUCAGGAUCUGUAUCUAAAAACCACCCAAUCCUGCCUAGAUCUUCUAGCGAGACCUCCUUGACUGUCGAUGGUUUAGUUCCCUUAAACAUAACGAGUGAUACAACUCCCGGUUGGAUAAUGUCGGGGCAGAAUUCCUGCCUAAUGUUAAUCCGGCAUGCUUCCAUAGUAUUCCGAAAUAUGCGACAUCUCUCCUCUCGCACAUUAUGUCGCCAUGCUGUGCAGCAUCGAUCGAUAUCCGAAUCAUCUAUGUUGGCGCAUAUCCAAUCUAUAUAUGCAGGCGUGAGAUGUUCGUUUCUGCGAGAAUCCUCAAUAUGUUUGCAUAGCCGUACGUUAUUCGGGUCUGGUGUUGUUUUACCAGCCUCCAAGUCAAGCAUAACUGCCUCAGUUAAGCCGUUGAUAACCUUGGUCAUAUACGCGUCGACGAGAAAGUCGUAAGAUUGUUCGCCGUUGGCGAAGCUGACAGUGUCAAUGAUCUCCUCAUUGUUGAUACCCUCGGAGCUGGACAAGGGACCAAAGCCGUUCUCCGCCACGAAAGUUCCGAUCGCUAUCGCGAUGUCCCUUUGACCAGGGUCUUGUUGAACGACAAGGUCCCAUAGGACUUUCUGCAUCUUCUGUAUUAUGGAGACAAGGCGCACUUGUGGUUUUGGUAGCGUCGCUCCCCAAUUAUUUCUGGUGACAUCGAACUUCUUACAGCGCCAUAUUAAUCGAAAUUCGACUCGUUUCAGAAUGUCCUCCAAAUAAGCAGUUGGUCUUAUAGGUUCAUUGCUGUUUAAAUCCUCGCCCCUGAGUUUUGCUUCAAUGUCAUGAAAUAGAGCAUCCUUGAGGUAUUCAUGGAGUUCCUUGUCCUUCUCCUUGAUGAAGGAGGUCAGUUGAGCGAGUUCGUGAGAGGAUAGAUUAUGCAAACCCUGGUCACUGAAUCGACGUUGAAGCUGAAGUCUAUUCAGAACCGAAUUCGCCUGGACUUCUUGUCGGUAUUCUCGGAUAUGCUCCCAAUUUUCCUCCACUUGCCGCAAGGUAUGAAAAAGCCGAAUACGUUCUUGGUCUUCGAGUAGAGUAGAAGAACUCGACUUCGACGAUUCACCAACUUCGGUUGGCUGGGUCCGCUUACGCUUUUUGCCAUCGUCGUCCGAGUCGACCAUUGGAUCACCUCCACCAGAAUCACUGUCGCUGUCAUCUCCGUCGCCAUUUCUGUUUGUCCUUCUCUGGUUUGAUGGGCGAUUCCACACUGUGGUAUCAAGGGUUGGCGGAUUAGAUGGAGGAGGCUCCGCUUUCACUCCGCUGUUUCCGCCGCUUUUCUUCUUGACAUGCACAGGGUGCCGACGGUAUUCAGUAUCACAUUCAGUGCCACCUUCACUUGGCAGAGAGCAUUUGUUUCGUUUUGUGAAUUCGGUAGAAACUGCUUGCUUCUGUGGGUAUUUUAUGAUCAGGAUCCGUUUGGUGCUGACGGCCGCCAUGGAGACGUUCGUUGCGUCGUCUGAGUUCAUAGUCAAAGUACUUAUUUGUGGUAAUGGUGCUUGAGGAGGAUAGUCUCUCGACUUGAUGAGCUGAGUUAGUGGUAUAUAUCUCGGAGGUUAAUCAACCUUGUCGAAACAAAGGCUUAAGUCAUGGGAUUACGCGGGUUGGGCCGUGAUAGGUUGUAGGAGCCUGAGCUGUGGCUGAGUAGUGCUGCCUGUUCAGCUCAUUCCGAGAUCUAACUUACACCACUCGUCU